GCUUUGUGCGCUGCACUGUUUCUCGUGAUUUCAUUUCAAACACGCCGCGUUGCAUCGGACAAAGUUCACGUCCCGCGACGUCGUUCCCCGUUCCGCGAAAGUGCACCGUACCAAACACUCACACACACACUUACACACACACGCCGCAGCCUUAAUCCCUGAAAAUCAGUGCCUGCAUCGGUGAGUCGCACAGUUUAUCUUCAUCCGCAGUAGAGAGUCGCACCACCCGUCGCUCCUGCGCUCCGCCACCUUGAUUUCGCGUGUGAUUCCGUACCCCAAAAAGGACUAACCAUUGAACACAAGGACAGCAAAAUGGCAAAACGGGCGGCCGGCUUUCUCAUAUUUCGCCGACUGCGCGAACGUAUCGAGUAUCUGAUGCUGCAAGCAUCGUACGGCCAGCAUCACUGGUCACCACCGAAAGGUCACGUCGAUCCGGGGGAGGACGAUUAUGCGACGGCCCUGCGGGAAACGACCGAGGAAGCCGGAUACGCCGAAAGUGACCUAAACAUUCACCGGAAGCAAUCGUGCACGCUCGAGUACAAAGUGAAGGGGCACGACAAGGUGGUCGUUUACUGGUUGGCGGAGCUGCGCAAUCCCGCCCAGGAGGCGAAGCUGUCCGACGAGCACCAGGACAUGAAGUGGCUGGACUGUGAUGAAGCGAUCCAAAUUGCGGGCUACGAAGACUUCGCGAAGAUGGUACGCGCAUUCGAUGCUAAGAUUAAGGCAAACGAGCUGUGAACGGCGGGGGGGGGGAGAGAGAGUGAAUGUGUGUGUGUGUGUGUUUGUGUGACCGCGUGUAUGUGUGGUUGCGUGUUUCGAUCGAGUACAAGUCUAUUUAUCCGUCUCUUGCACCGUCUCUUGUUCCGCGCUAUGCAGUUUUACACGUAUAUCUCUAUACAUACAUACAUAUAUAUACACACACAUAGACACGUGCGCGCGCGCCAAUCGCUUUCUCUAAUUGGAUAAUUGACAAUUAUCGAUUGUUCUCUAUGACCUACUGUACUGUAAACUUUAGCCACGAUUAUAUAUUAUAUAUGCCGAGUGAAAACUGUUCACUUUAAACCGAGCGAAUAAAUGAGAGUCAUACUCUGACGA